GAGUUCUAUACAUUGACCUAGAUGUGCAUCAUGGAGAUGGUGUGGAUGAAGCAUUUUUUACAUCUUCCAGGGUGAAGACAGUAUCAGUUCACAAACAUUCCCCGGGUUUCUUCCCAGAAUCUUGAGGGUUAAAUGACACAGGAGUGGGUAAAGGGAAGGGAUACACUGUUAACAUUCCACUUCUGGAUAGCAUGAGAAAUGAAGAGUUUGUUCCUUUGGUCUGCAGAGUCCUACACAAGGUCCAAGAAGUGAUCGUCCCACCGGUCAUGGCGUGUCUGUGUGGGGCUGAUGGUCUCAGUGGGGACCCUAUGGACUCCUUUAAUCUUACUUACACAGCGUACAGCCGAUGUCUACAGUUCUUAAUACAGUGGAAGCUGCCAACUCUUGUAUUAGGAAGAGGAGGUUACCACAAUGCUAACACAGCCAGAUGUUGGGCUCAUCUAACUGCAGUCAUUUGUGGACGGAAACUCCCUCAGGAUGUCCCAGAUCUUAAGUACUUUAUGGCUUAUGGUCCGGAUUAUGAACUACCUAUUUCCUAUGGAAACAGAAAGAAUAUGAACACGAAAGAGUCUCUAGAGAAAAAAAUACAACACUGUUAUAGUCAGGGUUACACCCCAUAUAGAUCCUCAGACCAGGAAAUGGUGGGAUUCCACGCUCAAGAUUGCAUCGACUUCCUGGCUUUACCCAGUAAACAGAGCGGUGAGGAAAAAUACGAAGAAGAGAGUGAACAAUAUGGCCUCAAUAAGUGUGCUUGUUAUCAUUAG